AUGGAGACGUCACGACAACCACAAUCACGCCCGAAACGUAAGCCACACAAGAAGUCAAGAACUGGUUGUUUAGACUGCCGAAAACGCCGAGUUAAAUGUAACGAGGAACGCCCAAGAUGCUGGUCCUGCAAGCGCCGCGAUAUAGAUUGCGAAUAUCCAGACAAGACAUCUGUUCCAGUUGUAAUUAUGCCACCACUACCAGUCUCCCCCAUGUCGCCAUUAGUCGUGUCUCAAUCCCCAUCCAUCACAUCGGUGCUAACGCCAACACCAACGUUGUCCUCAACUACCGACUCCCUUCACAAUCUUGAUUAUACUCCGACGGGAACGUUGGAGUUAACCCAACUGCGUCUACUUCAUCACUGGACACUAUCUACCAGUGUAGACCUUUGCAAAUGUCCCAAGACGCUGUGGAUCUGGCAGGAAGCCUUUCCCCAAAUGGGUUUCCAACACCCAUUCGUCUUAAAUGCGUUACUAGGUCUUGCAGCUCUACAUAUUGCUUACCAAUCUCCAUUGGAGCGAAAGAAAAGAUGGUUAGAUGGUAUGUAUCAUCAUGGAGAAGCCUUGAUUGGAUUUCAGAGACAGAUCUCCAAUAUCACUGCAGAUAACAGCGAAGCACUAUUUACGUGGUCUAUAUGUAACGUUCUGUACGUUUUUGCCAUGUCAAACCCUCUUCUGGAACCUGUAGAUGGAGUCUCCCGCUUAUCAACAUCGACACGCAACGAAAGGGUUCUAGGUGCCGAGUGGAUCCCUAUGAUACGCGGAAUCGACGCUGUGCUCGAACCUACCCAUAAUUACAUCCGAUUUGGGAAGAUGAAAAACAUAAUGAGCCUUGGCAAUUGGUAUGAACUUGAUCCGGGCAAGGACAGCAACAGCCCUGAGGAUGAUUAUUUCUGUAACGUUCGCGAUACUUGGAGUAGCUCUGCUUCUUCCGAAGUCUACGAGGAGGCGCUUCAUAUCCUUCGAAAAUGUCGUCUCUACUCGCAACAAUUUCGCAACAUGGACUCCAAGACACGUGGAAAUUGGGGGUAUAAUAAGGAGUGGUCUGGACCUCUGAUCUUCAUUCAUUUUGCGCCUGAGUCUUAUUUCACACUGUUAAAGCAGAGGCAACCACCGGCUUUAAUUCUUUUUGCCCUAUUCGGUGUACUUUUACAUGGAAUUGACGGUUAUUGGUUUAUGCAAGGCUGGGGAAAAGCAAUAGUGGAAGUAGUAGCGGAUAUACUCGGAGGUUUCUGGAAACAAUGGCUGUUGUGGCCCUUGCAGGUUGUACAGAACGAUGGUUAUAGAUGA